AAUUUAAAAAGCUAACUAAUGAAAUUCUAGUAAAUGCUUGGGCGAGGUGUUUUACACCUGUACGACGCUAUGGAUUCAUGACAUCCAAUUCAUGCGAAAGUUUGAACAACAAACUUCGUCGGGUCAGGAUGUUACCCGUUUGCUCAUUGUUGGAGUAUGUUCGAGCAACGAUAGAGAAAUGGUUUAUUGUUCGGCGUGCAUCCGCCGAGGGUCGCAAUCAUCCGCUAACGCAGUGGACUCAAUUGCGGUUGGAUCCUUUGUUCGAGAAAGGUCGUACUAUAUCCAUUACCACACUCGGCAUGCAACGUUAUAGGGUUAUGGAAGAAACACGAUCCUACAUGGUAGAUUUACAAGCAAGAACAUGUGAUUGUCGUGUGUUUGAAACAGAUCUACUACCUUGCUUACAUGCAUCUACGGCUAUUCG